AUGGUGUCUUCUCCAGGCACAUCCCAUUCUUCUCCUCUAGCACUAGCUCAUCCAGUCAAGGGUGACAUCAAGCAAAGAGAGUCGUCAAAGUCACGCUCUAGAUCCUCAAGUCGUGUUCGACGCUCAUCCUUUGGCUCUGUCAAGGAAGACGUUGAAGGCAUCGCUCAGAGUUUUCUGGAUACUACCAGACCCAAAGAAGGUUCAUCAGAGGACAACGCACAUCUCGUCGACAUGACGGCCGCCGUCGACCAAAUGCCCGACUUUUGCUGUCCCUGCGGGGGCUUCAUGGGCUGGAAGCAGAUUCGUCUGGGAGGCCGCAAGAUGAGCAAGAGUUAUAGUGAUUUGAGUAUGUUGGGACAAAGGAGCUCAUCGACGGGGUGGAUGUGGGACACCACGAGCAAACGUCCGACGAUCAAAGAAGUGCCUGUGGAAGUUGAGGAGAAACGCCCGGCUCUGACUAUUGAAGAUCUACCUGUUGAAGUACUAAUACAAGUCAUAUCAUAUCUGGCUGUGGAACUUCCACCAAAUGGCUACACGCCCCGAAAUGUCGACCUUAUCUCUUGCUUAUUGACAUCUCGCACUCUCCACUCGGCAACAUUGAGCGUACUCUACCGCAACAUCACCGUUCCUCACUCAGUCAUCUUCUCAAAACUGCUCAAACACCUCACUCACUUCCCGGCUCUAGGGACUAUUGUCCGUCGCCUGGAUUUCUCGCACUUUACUUCGGUAGGACUUGGUCGGACACGGCAAAUGAACGCUGAAAUACAGAAUUUGACUUCAAAGACACUGCUGCAAUGCUUGGAUCUUCUUCCGAACUUGAUGGAAGGUCUUUUCCAAGAGCAUUUGGAGACGGAUAUCGACACCGCGGUGGUGCAAAAGAUAUUUGCUGGGUUGCCCAAGCUUCGGGCUGUCGACUUUUGUGGUUGCUCUUCGCAGACUUUUUCGACGGGAUUCAUGGAGGCAUUUACAGUGAACUCUACCAUCCCUCUCUUUCUGCCGCAGUUGAAAAGGAUCUCUCUGCACGAGUGUAGUGGGUUGCCGUCUGCGAUUUUUGAAAAGCUGCUUCCACGACUGGUUAAUGUGACUCAUUUGGAUCUUGGGCGGACACAGGUUACUGAAACGGCGUUGUUAUCCUUGCCGACUACUGCUCAGAUUACACACCUGAAUCUGUCUAAAUGCUUGCGACUAUCUGGCUCGCAGGUUGUCAACUUUUUAGCAACUCMCCCUGCCGUUACCGAAUCGCUGGUCUAUCUCAAUUUGAUGACUGACCCUUCCCGCUAUCGUCUUCUCGAAUCAGAUGACGUUACCAAUCUCCUCCCAGUGUUGCCAUCGACUCUUCGAUCUUUGAACUUGAACGGCGCACGAAUCACUACCGAGCAUGUGCCACUUCUGAUUCCUCUGACCAAGCAUUUGGAAGAGUUAGGACUCAGCGGCGCCGACCUGUCGGCUAGCGACAUCAAUUCAUUCUUCGUCCCUCAAGAUCUCGAGUCUGAAAAGUCCUGGCAGCCAUCAGCCCUCCACUAUCUGGACGUUAGUAAAGUUACUUCCAUUACUCUACAGUCACUUUUCAACCCUAGACUAUGCGUGCUUGUCUCCCCACGAAGUCUUCCUUUAGAGGUGGUCGAACUAGGCGAGAAGCUCAUCACUCCUCUUCGCGACCGCACAAAGUCCGCAAAAUCAACCGGCUGGUCAUUGCGAGAACUUGGUCGUCGAGGCUGGUACGUCCGAGAGCCCAUCAAAGUUGAAGGCGCCGAAUGGAUGAUCGACGAUGGAUCGCGUUCGUGGAAGAUGGGAGCUCGAUGGUGGGGAAUGAGGAAGAUUCCUGUCACUGUUGGCGAGGUUGGAGGUCUAUAUGGCCAUUAUAUGUUUAAAAAGUGA